AUGGAAAAGCUGAGCGUCGCGGAUCAGGAUCUGGUGCAUCGAGCUCGUGAAGUCAUGAAGAACGCUUAUUGUCCAUACAGCAAGUUCCAAGUGGGAGCAGCUCUGAGGACCCAGUCUGGGGAGGUGAUCGUCGGCGCGAACCACGAGAACGCCUCCUACGGCGGCACGAUCUGUGCGGAGCGCUCAGCCGUCGUCUCUGCGUUGACGCAAGGCCACCGUAAGUUCGAUGCGAUCGCCAUCGUCACAGCUCUCGACGAUCCUGCGGCCCCUUGCGGCCUCUGUCGCCAGUUCCUCGUCGAGUUUGGCAACUACAAAGUAAGCAAAUACGUGAAAAUCUUUGAUUUAUGGCGUUUUGGUUCGAUGAAGCUUAGUUUCAAAUAUUUAUCGACAACGAAAACUUAUAAUAAUAAAAAAAGAAAUUUGCGAGUCUCCGCAAACUUUUUCCUUCUGAGGAUCUCUCACUUUUUAUAUGAAUUAUUUUUAAGGUGAUUCUUGGCUCUUCAACGAGCAAUAAGAUUUUCGAGUCACAAGUCAAGGAUCUCCUACCGUAUGCCUUCACUCCCGCCUCACUUGAUGACUACAACCAGCAGUCUACAGCAGCUCAAAAAUAA